CCAGUGUCAGGUCUGCCAGGAUUCUAAUGAUGUGUAUUGCCUCAAUCAGACUUCGUAUCAAUACUGCAUGGCUGGUUCUGUUGUCGGCGGAGUACAGAACUGUGCCGAGGGCACUGUUUGCUCCAAUGCCAACGAUCCCUGUGUGGCUACUUCUGAGCUCAGUGAAACAAUUCUGAAUGUAUGUGCAGACAGUGGUUGUGGAGUUUGCAACAUAAACACUGCCAAGUAUACCUGUGUCAGUAGAACUCAGUUUGCCCGCUGCACCAGCCAAAAUGAAUACUUGGCUAUCCAAAGCUGCCCUGAGGACCAGAUUUGUAUUGCCGCUGCCCUUGCUUUUAAAAGUAUAUGUGUGCCAGCUUGUGCAGCUGAAUUUGUGGAUUUAAAAGCUACUUGCAGCAAUGCUGAGAUUGCCACAACCACCACAACAGCAGCUCCUACCACUACUCCGGCUACGGCAGACCUACAGGGCUCUUGCACCACCGGUGAACCCACAUCUAAGCCAUCAUAUUUCUACACCAAAUACUCACAAGACACAACCUGUAGAAGCUAUGUAUAUUGUCAGCGCAAUAAUUCUGGUACUACACCUGUCUGGACAGCCGUGUUCCUAACUUGUUCUUCCACCAAACCCUAUUUUGACUCUGAAACCAAAAAAUGUGUGGCAGCAAAGCCAGCCAGUUGUUAGUAUAAUCCCAGCGAAGGCUAUAUCUUAUGCCAAUAAACAUCCAAUUAUAAAGUGGGUCAGCCUAAAAGAAUUUGUGAUUAAUUCUUCAUCCAUCUGCAUAAAAAU